CGUUCCCCCUCUACGUCAUCACGCACCGUCAGCUGUUGACGGACUGGGGGGGGUUCUCUGGUGUCGACCUCCGGGGCCGCUCUGAAUGCUCUCUCCUCAGCUCUGUGCUGUCACUGCGGCCGCUCUCAAAGGCACAUGUUGUUUGUGGACCGUUCGGUAACCGAACCUAUGCUGCCAUGAUGGCUUUGUGUCGCCUGGUUCACAGAGGACUGCUGAGCAUCCGGCCGUCUUGCCGUUUGUUCGUCGGACAGGUGGAUGCGGCUCCCCCGGUUCGGACAGCCAGCUCAUCCAGUCCUGUCAACUUGACUUAUGACGUGUUCGACGGUAAGGGAGAGAGCACUCCCCUGGUGUUUCUCCACGGCCUCUUCGGCAGUAAAUCCAACUUCCACUCAAUCGCCAAGUCCUUGGUGCAGCGCACAGGCCGAAAGGUGUUGACUGUAGAUGCCCGUAACCACGGUAACAGCCCUCACACCCCGGAGCUGACCUAUGAAGCGAUGGCCGCCGAUUUGAAACAUCUCCUCAGCCAGCUUCACAUCGAGAAGUGCGUCCUCAUCGGCCACAGCAUGGGCGGGAAGACCGCCAUGACAACCGCUCUGACACAGCCCAGUUUGGUGGAGCGGCUGGUGGUGGUGGACAUCAGCCCGGCCCAAACCACCACACGCACCAACUUUCGCUUCUACAUCCAGGCCAUGCAGGAGAUGAAGAUCUCCAUCGACAUCCCUCGCUCCACCGCCAGGCGGAUGGCUGAGGAUCAGCUGCGGAGCUUAGUGAAGGCAAACGAUCAGAGAACAGAGCUGGAAGCAGAGAGAGAGGGAGAGUCAGGCAGGUUACACGAGUCACAGGAGCACUCUGUGCGUCAGUUCCUGCUGACCAACCUGGUGGAGGAGAACGGACAUUACUCCUGGAGGGUCAACCUGGAGGCCAUCGCAGCUCACCUGGAGGAAAUCAUGAGUUUCCCCAGACUGGACACCGUCUACGAGGGGCCAACGCUGUUUCUGGGCGGAGCCAGUUCUGCUUAUAUCAGCUCCGACGAUUACCCAGAGAUCCAAAGGCUGUUCCCCAACGCUGACAUCCAGUACAUCCCAGACGCGAGCCACUGGAUCCACGCUGACAAGCCUCUGGACUUCAUCAGCUCCAUCAUCUCCUUCCUCCAGUCUUAGCCGCCUCCGGCCGCGCCUGCAGACUUUCUACAGCGCCUCUGAGCGUAGAGCGGA